GAGUGUCGAGUGAAGCAUUUCUUCUUUUCUUUAAAGAGAAGGUCUUGUAUCCACGAACACGGGACUUUGUCCAUGAAAGCUGUACACACACAUGGAAGAAAGAAUUCCUUGUCUGGUUUUGGCCUUAGGUAGGAUAAUUGAUUGAUUGUGAGAGAUAGAAAAAAUUUAGGGGGAAGCGAGCGAGCGAGCGAGCGAGGCGGGCGCCAUGGCACAGUCUUGGGUGGACGUGGGCGCUGCUGUUUGGAGCUUUGUUCUCUUCGUACCGCUUUUUCUCCUCCUUUUCUUUGUGGGGAUUGGCAAAGGAAUUCUAAUCGCUCCUUUGGCACUGGCUAUCAUUUUCGUGGGCAAUGUGACAGUUGCUCUCGCUCUCUGGCCAGCAUUUGUUUACUGGAUUUAUGAAAGCAUCAUCAAGACCAGAAAGCUGGGAUUGUUAUUGAAACUCGUAGCAGCUUUGUGUGCUCCAUUACCUCUCGUGCUGUGGCCAGCAGCUGUGAUUUGCGGCAGCGUUCUCACUGGAUUGGGAUAUGGUUUCUUCACGCCGCUGGUGGCAACUUUCGAGGCCGUCAGCCAGGGAAGAACGAACAAAGCUCGCUCCUGCAUCCUGGAUGGAAGCUUUAGCACUGUCAAAGGAAGCUGCACAGUAGUACGCGAUUUUACGGACUGGUGUUAUCACUCGUGUCCUGCUUAUAUUGCAGACUUUCGCGAUGGAGAGGCGAUCGAUGGCCCAUAUAACAUCAGGCUGCUCGAGAUCCCAACGUGUUUUGUCGCUGCUGUUCUUGGAGUUAUGGUGGACGUCCCUCUCUUUGCGAUCAUCUCGCUCAUCAAAAGCCCGUUCAUGCUUGUAAAAGGCUGGGAGCGUUUGCUGGACGAUCUUAUCGUCUCGCAGGAGGGAACUUGCGUCAAAGUUGUGUGUGUUCCAUUCGCUGGCCUCGCGAUUCUCCUGUGGCCUCUGGUUGUGGUGGCCGCGGUGGUAUCCGGGGUUUUUACCAGCAUCUUUGUGGGACUCUACGCUGCUGUGAUCGUUCACAAGGAGAAUUCAUUCAAGUCUGGCUUGGCUUAUAUAGUGGCUAUGGGUGCGGAGUUUGACGAGCAAACAAAUGACGUGCUUUAUCUUAGAGAAGGAUCGUGUCUUCCCAGGCCGAGCUAUAGCUCACGGGUCUCCAAAGCUGAAGAUGUACUUCCAGAUCCAGAGAAGGGCCACUCCCAGAAGGCAGUGGCCAAGCAGCCAGCUCCGGAACAAAAGCCUUCCGAAGCUGGGAUGAUCAUCCCCCAGCUCUCCGCGUCGAAAUCUCUCAAGCGAAGUAUACAAGAUGUGAAGAUGGUCCAGGUCUGGGAACAUAUGUUUAAGUCGUGCUGCGAGCACAGCAAAGAUUUGAUUCACAAGGGAGUCCUCAAGACCUCGGACCUGGAAGAGUACCUGAGUGACAAGUCCAAGAACAAGCUCAUAGCCGUGAAGUUGCCGGCGUAUUCUUUGCUCAUGAACCUCAUCUUCUCAGCCAAGUCGAGCUCCACAGGCUUAGUUUUGUAUAGUGGCUUGGAGCUGACAGUCUUCAAUCGUCCCGAGGACCGACUGCUGGAUUGGUUCUUCGAGCCGCUCCUGGUACUCAAAGAGCAAAUCCGAGCGGCCAAGCUCCAUCCCAGCGAGGAGCGAUACUUGGAAAAGCUGACGCUCCUGAGCAGCGACGCCGAGUGGGACAAUGGAGCCAUUGCACCGCAAGACAACGUUCGCAAAGGAGAGCUAGAAGCUCUCAGCAGAAGGAUUCAAGGAAUUUCCACCAGCGUAUCCAGAUUCCCAACUUUCCGCCGGAGGUACGAGAACUUCAUCAAAUCUUUGCUUGUCUACUCGCAAGCGAGCAGCCAAACACCAGCUGCGGUAUGAUCGUCCUUUGAUAGUUAUAGUUUAGCACGCGAUUCUUAUGUACAGAUGCAGAAAGGAAGAUACUUUAAGUUAGUUUUGUGAUUGAGAGAAAAAAGAAAACCGAGAAAACUUCUGUAAAAAUCUCUUUUUUACUAGAAUUUUGUGUGUGAUCGAGCGAGA